UGGAAUGAGGAUUUUUGGAGACCAAAAAUAUGGUUGGUUUUGAUCCCAGCCGUGUGGAAAAAGGACUUACUUCUUCACAAUGUGGAUAUUGUGGCUCUUUUGCUGGUGCAGUCACAAGAGUUUUUGCUCAGCCUUUGGAUGUUCUUAAAAUUAGGUUCCAGCUUCAGGUGGAGCCAACAUCUACAAACCACUUGUUGAUGUCGCGCAAAGGCGAAAAACCUACAGGAAAAUAUACUGGAGUAUCGCAAGCUUUUAAACUCGUGUAUAGAGAAGAAGGCAUCCUAGCUCUAUGGAAAGGCCAUGUUCCUGCUCAAAUUUUAUCCAUAGCCUAUGGAUACUUUCAGUUCACAUUUUUUGAAGCUUUUACACAAAUAGCAUAUUUCAUUUCACCAAGGCUGCUGGAGCAAAGGCACAAACCAAUGACUCACUUCAUAUGUGGUGGAAUAUCGGGUUGUGCUGCUUCAUUUGCCAUCCAACCUUUAGACGUCAUAAGAACAAGACUUGUUGCACAAGGAGAACCAAAGGUAUACUCAAGCAUGAUAGAGGCUGCUCGCAUGAUGUACACCCUUGAGGGACCAACAUCUUUCUACAAAGGAUUGAUUCCAUCUUUGCUGCAGAUUUUUCCUUAUGCUGGUCUUCAGUUUGGGUCCUAUACUUUGUUAAAGAUGAUUUGGGAUUAUACUUUUGAUAUCAGGAUCCACGACCCCUACAUGCCAGCAGAUAUUAUAGAGAGUCUUUUCUGUGGUGCUGUUUCUGGUAUGAUCAGUAAAGCUGUCAUACUUCCUAUUGACAUUGUCAAGAAGAGAAUCCAGAUUCAAGGUUUUGCRGUUCACGCAAGGGCGCAUUUUGGGAAAGUCCCUGAAUAUCAUAAUCUAAGACACUGUGUGAGAUCAAUUAUCAAACACGAGGGAGUUCAAGGGCUUUACAAAGGAUUGGUGCCAAGCACCAUAAAGGCAGCUGUAUCACUCAGCAUUACAUUCUCUGCAUAUGAACAGUGUUUGCAUUUUGUUCGACACCUUCUUCAUAAAGAUGCAGCCAUCAAGGAUCUUUCCCCUCCUGCCUCAAAGGCAUAAAAUAUUAUGAUAUAAUAUUAGAAUAAUAUUAUACAUAAUGAUAGACCUCGUUUCCUUGUGAAUAAUGUUUCCCCAUACCAUUCCAUUCUAUAGAGAAUAAGAUUCUUCGUUGCAGUUGUAUCAAUUCCAUAUAUUUCAUAUGUCAUCUCAUAAACAACUGUCAAACUAGUGAAUGAAAUCAUUACUGGAAAACAUUACAGCCAAGGUAAAGAGGUCUAUAUUUUUGUUAUGAUUUUAAAUUUCCAAGUGCUUUGCAAAAUUUUAUACAAAGUAUACUUCAUCRAGAGGAAUUGAAAUACUUCAUUUAUCAUUCAGUCAGUGUUAUGAGAAUUUUAUACCCUGAUCAUAAUCAAAAUUUACAGGGUUCAAAAUAAUCUUUCAUAAAAAGGUUUUCCAUUGGAAAACCAUGAUUUAGGAUUUAGGCGUCAAGCAAAAAUCUUGAUCAGCAGUAUUUCAACAAUAAAAGUCACCAGAUUCAGAUUCAGA